AAACAAUAUGGCGGCGCCCUGUGCUGUGAAACGUGCCACAAGAGCAGGCCUGAGGGUAAAUGGUCUCCCUUGAAGGAACUCGCCACCGCCCCCCCUGAAGGACGCCCAUCCAUGGCUCCACCACUGGCCUGUGUGUCUGAUGUAUGGGGCUCACGCAGUGCCAGUUAGAAGGAAGAGGAACACAGUAGCACCCCCCUAAAAGACCAGCUGGGCGUCGUGAAGGAUCGGGUCACGGGGGCAGCAGUCUAAGCAGGGAUGCCCAGACCUCCCUCUCACCAGCCACCUCCUCCAGCUCCUCCGAAUGGAUACCAAGGAAUUCCUAGGCCAGCCGAGAGGAUGUGUGGCACUGGCUCAGAGAAGUCCCUGGUCCAAUGUGCGAGGUCAAUGGCUUGCCCGUUGCCCCCCGUGUUGGGGGGUGCAGUACCAGUCGCGGCGCCCCUUCUUUUGGAGGAAGAAGCCGAGCUCCCACAGCGUGGUACAGUCAGCAGAGGUGAAACCCCCCUACGCUGUCCCCAAGCACAUCGUGAGGCCAGACUACGUGACGACAGGCUCCGUACCAGACUGGGGAGACUACAUUGAAAUUAAAGAUGAUGAUCAAAUCGAGGGGCUGCGGAGGGCCUGUCAACUGGCACGACACGUCCUGCUGCUGGCUGGGGGCAGCUUACGGGUCGGCAUGACAACUGAUGAAAUUGACUUCAUUGUUCAUACAGAAGUGAUCAGAAACAAUGCCUAUCCGUCUCCCUUGCAUUAUAGAGGAUUUCCAAAAUCAGUCUGCACCUCUGUGAACAAUGUGGUAUGUCACGGUAUACCUGACAGCCGGCCCCUUCAAGAUGGAGAUAUCAUCAACAUCGACGUUACAGUGUACCUGGAUGGUUACCAUGGAGACACCUCGGAGACGUUCCUGGUGGGUGCGGUGGACGAGGGGGGGAGGCAGCUGGUCGAGGCAGCCCGGUGGUGCCGGGAUGAGGCCAUCGCCACCUGCAGGCCGGGUGCCCCUCUCUGCGUUAUAGGCAACACCAUCAGCCGGAUAGCAGAAUCCCACGGCUUCCGGGUUUGUCCGCACUUCAUCGGCCACGGAAUCGGAUCCUACUUCCACGGUCACCCAGAAAUUUGGCACCACGCGAACGACAACAACAUGAUUAUGGAGGAGGGGAUGGCUUUCACAGUAGAGCCCAUCUUGAUGGAAGGACUUCCCGAGUUUAAAAUCCUAAAGGAUAAAUGGACUGCAAUUUCUGUCGAUGACAAAAGGUCGGCCCAGUUCGAGCACACGGUUGUGAUCACGGCAAACGGCGUGGAAGUUCUGACGAUGCUGCCGCAUGAGCGCUGAGUGAAAGCGGGCAGGAGCGGCAUCGGUGAACUUGGUGCGGCGUGUUUGCAUUAAAAAAAUGCCGUUAUAUAAAUAAAAAACUAGCGUUGAUUUUAAAACCA